AUGGCCUCAGUACAGGAAACAAAUUCAGAAGAUUAUGGUUUUAAAUUAGAUACUAAUGAAUAUCGAGCUUUUCCAAAUCGAUUUGAUUUAAACAAAGAUGAGUUUACUAAAAAUUCAUUAAAUUUAUUAGCAAUAAAUAAUAAAUAUAAAAUAAUAGCAGUUUCUAAUUAUGAAUCAUUAAAAUUUUUAUCUAUUAAAAAUUCAACAACUAAUAAAAUUGAAUUAAUUGGAGAAAUUGAAAAUGUUAAAAUUACUCAAUUAUAUUUUAUUGAUUUUUUAUUUUAUUGUUUAAAUGAUGGGAAAAUUCAAACUUUAACUAUUGAUCAAAUCAAAAAUUUGAAUUAUAAUUUUAAAAAUUUAAGGGAUGAUGAUAUUAUAUUUGUUAGUUUUAAAGUAUUAAAUUCAUCAAAUUACUUAGCAUUAGAUACCGAAAAAAUUCUAUAUCAUAACUCCAAAUUGGCGGAAACUAAUAUUUCAGCAUAUGCUUGGUUAAAUAACGAACCAAUUUAUACAACAAACACGUCAGGAUAUAAUAUACAUGACAAAGAAAUUGCAUUUUCAAAUGAAACAAAAGAUCAAUUGGAAGAUCAUACUUUAAAAGAUUUAUUGGUAAUACAAGAUAAAUUUUUAAUUGCAAUAUAUGAUUUCACUGAUUCCAAACCAGAUUAUCAUGAUGUACACACCUAUUUAUUAAAAUUUGAUGAAAGUUCGAAUAAAUACAUACCUUAUCAAAUUGAAGUUGCACCACCUUUUAGUUCAGCAAAUAGAUCAUUAAGUUAUUAUACAACCACUUUAAAUGAUUGGGUUCCAAAAAAUGAUUUAACAUUCAUUGUAUCAUCAAUAUCAAUUGAAAUAGGAUUAAUUAAUUAUUUAAAAGAAUCUAAUGAAUUAGAAGUAAUUUUACCAAGUGAAGAUUCAAAUAGAGCUAAUUUUCCAAUAGAUGAAGAAUUAGGAGAAGAUGAAUCUUCUUUAGGUUUUGAUAUUUUUAUUAAUGGAUCAUCUGAUCCCAAUUCCAAAAUAAAAAAUCCUUGUGAAGGAAUUGAAGAAAUUGAUGGUAAUAUUUUACCAAAAAUUUAUACUUUAUUAAAUAAUGGAGUUUUAAAAAGUUGGAUUGUUUAUCAUAAACUGGGAUUAUUGAAAAAUGAAUUAUCUUUAAAAAAGGCAAAUGAAAAUUUGAAGAAGAUUGAUAGCGUAUCGAGCACAAACGACCAAAAAGAAGCUAAAGUUGAAGAACCUAAAAUUUCAAAUCAACCUUCAAUUUCUAACCAAGUUCAAAGUAAUCCUUUCGGUUCUACUAAUGCUGAUGUCUUCAAAACUCAACAAACUACACAACAACAAAAAUCUGCAUUUGGUGCAACAGGGCUUGGAUCAUCAACUUCUACAUCAACUCCAACAUCCACUCCAUCCCAACCAAGUGGAUUUGGAUCAACGGGUUUCGGAUCAACGGGUUUCGGAUCAUCUGGAGGAAGUAAAGGUUUUGGAUCUGGUUUUGGCCAAGCAUCAUUUGGUGCAUCUGGAUUUGGAAAUCAUUCCUCUUCAUCACAGUCACAAACAAAAGUUUCUGGAUUUGCAAAAUUUGGUAAUACUAAUAACACAACCACUACUAAUUCAACUGCGUCACCUUUUGCAAAUUUAGCAAAUGCUAAUAAUAGUGCACCAUCAGGAUUUGCUAAACUUGGUAAUCAAACGUCAAAUAAUGAUGCAAAAUCAAUUUUCGGAGAAAAUAAACCAUCUCCAAUGUUUGGUGAUUCUACGAAAACGUCAAUAUUUGGUAACACGAAAGCAGCUUCUUCUACUCCUGCAUUCACAGGUACAAUAGCUAAAUCUACUCCAUUUGCUGAACCGGUUGAUACUUCAAAAGAGCCAACACCUGAAAUCUUAAAUACAAAGUCACCUCCUCAUCCUAAAAUUGCAACUCAAGCAUCUCAAUCACCAUCAAAUUUCGGACUAGGUAAAACUACUAACACAGCUGCAGCUACGUCGUCACCAUUUGGUCAAUUUGACAAAUCUAAAACUUUCGCAUCUCCAUUUGCUAACUUUAAUAAACCAACUGAACCCUCACCAUUUGCUCAAUUUAAAAAAUCAGAUAUUACUCCACAAACUCCUGAAGUUCAAAAUGUAAUAUCAUCUGAUGAUUAUGAUGAAGGUGAUGGUGAUGAUGAAAAUACUGAUAAAGAACAAGAAUUUGGAAGUGAAUUAGAUGAUGAAUUUGAAAAUAUUGAAAAUGAAGACAAUUAUUUAGAAAAUUCAUUUGCUAAACAACAUAUAAAUGAAGAAGGUGAAGAUGAGUCUAGUUUUAAUCAAUCUAAAGGAUUCGAAUCAUUCGUUGAUAUAAGUAAGAAUGAUAUUGAAGAACUUGAAAUUCCAGAUGAUGAUGAUGAAGAUGAAGAAGAAGAUGAUUUACUAGAUGAUCAAAUUUUAAAUAAAGAAGAAAUUGAAAAUUCAAAUGAAUCAAAUGAUUCACCAAUUGCUCCUGUUCAAUUUUUAUUUUUUGAUGGUUAUAAAAAACCAAUGCCUAAAACCAAUAAAAUUAUAGAAGAUAAAAUUAGAGAAAUUGUUUUAGGAACUGAAGGUAGUAUGAGAAUUUUAAAAAAAAAUGUUCAAUUAUUAGGACUUAAUAUUCAUAGACAUGAAUUAUCUCCAGGUACAACAUUUAAUAAAUUAUCAGAAAUUUCAAAUUUAAAAUAUGAUAAAUCAUUAUAUAUAAAUAAAUUAGAAUAUCUUAAGGAAACAGAAGAAGAAAUUUCUAAAUUAACAAAUUCAAUUAUAAUUAAUGAAAAUGAAAAAAUUAAAAUUGAUAAAUUAUUUACUCAAUUAAAAUUAUUAGAAAAGGGUACUUUAAAAAAUUUAAAAUUCCUCAAGAAUAGACCAUUGGAAAAUUCUCAAUUGGAAACUCAACAAAAAUUAAAUUCAAAAUUUUCAAAAAUUAAAAAUUUAGAAUCAAAAUUAGUAUCAUUAUUAAUGACUUUAAAAUUAUCAAAUUCUUUAAAUUCUUCAACUAUUUCUAAAAUUGAAAAUAUUAUUUAUCAAUUAAAUAAUCAAAUUUUAGAACAUAAAUCUAGUGUUGAUGAGUUAAUUGAAAAAAUUGAAUCUUUGAAAGUUUCAAAAUCUAAAGACAAAGAUCAUGAUCAGUUACAAAGUUCAAGUUUAGUUUUGAAACCUAAAAUUGCUGGUUCUGGUAAAUUGUUAUUUAAGAAAAAAUUAAUGGAACUGAAUUCUAGUCUGUAA